GAAACGCGCCGCGGUGGCUGCUGGGUAAAUUCACGCACAUCCAGGAAGAAGCGGACCCAGUCUGCUGAGUGAGUCCGAGCAGCGAGCACGCCCUCCGACAUAAAACGGACCGAAUCACAGCUGGAGCCGGUUCGCAGGUAUGGCAGAGUUGGCGAGUCUAGUGCAGCGGCUGGAGGUGGCGGUGGGUCGUCUGGAGUCCAUGUCGGGCCCGGGGGGCAGCGCCGGAGGCUCUGCUGGGGGAGCCGUGGCAGCGUUCGUCGAAGCCUACGAUGCGAUCGUCAGCGGCGCCGUGGCCCAGUACCUGUCCCUCAGCCAGCAGAUCGGAGGAGACGUCCAGAAACAUGCCGAGAUGAUGAAGCAGGCGUUCUCCAGCCAGAGGCAGCUGCUCGUCACCGCCUCCUCCUCCCAGAAGCCCUCGGACGCGGUCCUGAAGUCCCUCCUGGAUCCCGUCUCUAAAACCAUCCAGCAGGUUCAGACGUUCCGCGAGCAGAACCGGACCUCUCCGCUUUUCAACCACCUCUCUGCCGUCAGCGAGAGCGUUCCCGCCCUCGGAUGGGUUGCCAUGGAUCCGAAGCCCGGCCCGUACGUCAAAGAGAUGCAGGACGCUGCCAUGUUCUACACCAACCGGGUCCUCAAGGAGUACAAGGACAAGGACAAGGUGCAUGUGGACUGGGUGAAGGCCUACGUGUCCAUCUGGACCGAGCUGCAGAACUACAUCAAACAGCACCACACCACCGGACUGAGCUGGAGCAGAACUGGUCCCGCGGCUUCAGCCUCCUCUGCCCCCCCCAGUGCUCCUGCUGGUGGGUGUCCUCCCCCACCUCCCCCCGGACCUCCCCCUCCCUCCAUGGCCCUGGGCGAGCCUGCGGGCGGCGAUGCUGAAAACCGGAACGCCCUGUUCGCCUCCAUCAACAAGGGGGCCGACAUCACCAAAGGUCUGAAACACGUCAGCGAUGACCAGAAGACCCACAAGAACCCGGGUCUCAAGGGUCAGGGGGCUCCGGUUCGGAGCGGACCCAAACCGUUCGCCUCCGCCCCCCGACCCGCUGCAGCCGCCCCCCCGACCCGCAAGCUUCCACCAGUUCUGGAGCUGGAAGGAAAGAAGUGGAGAGUGGAGAACCAGGAGGGGGCCCAGGAUCUGGUGAUCAGGGACACGGAGCUCAAGCAGGUGGUCUACGCCUUCAAGUGCAGCCAGAGCACCCUGCAGGUCCACGGCAAGAUCAACUCCAUCACCAUCGACAGCUGUAAGAAAAUGGGUCUGGUGUUUGACGACGUGGUCGGCAUCGUGGACGUGAUCAACUGCAAGGACGUGAAGAUUCAG